UUGACAAUGAUAUCAAACUAAUUGACAAAAAAAACUGUAGACUUUUGCUUGGUCAUGCAACUUUUACACAAAAAAUUUUCCACACUCUUAUCUCUCUUUCUUCCUUUUUUGGUUCCCACUUUUUCCAGAAAGUGCUUUAUGAUUACCCCUUUACGUUUCUUCAAUCACCUACACAUUUUUCAACCAAAUUUCUUGAACCGGGUGAGCUUUUUGGAAAGAAAAUUGCAAAAGGGGUUUUGGGAUUGUUGGUGAAUAUUUUUGUUAGUUGAAGAUCUUUUCACCAACCCCAUGUAAGCAUUUUCUUGAAUUGAGUGAGCUUUUUGGGUGGAAAAUUGUACGAGGGGUUUUGGAACCAUUGGUGAAAUUUAGUUAUGAGUGGUGAAGAAGUGAUGGUUAAAGCUGAAGGGAUUUGUGAUUUGGAGAAUACUGUAUUUGUAGCUGUGGGAAAGAAUGUGAAGGAAGGGAAAUCUGUUCUUUCUUGGGCUUUGAAGAGUUUUGCUGGCAGGAGAAUUUGUGUUCUUCAUGUUCAUCAACCUAAUCAUUUGUUCUCAUCCAAAGAUGGGAAGCUUUCUGGUGCAAAGCUGAAACAGCACAUGGUGAAGGCAUGCCAAGAACUUGAUCGCCUAAGACUGCACAAGCUUCUAAACCAGUAUCUUCUCUUUAUAUCCCAAGCUGGGAUACAAGGGGGUAAGGUGUGGCUUGAAAUAGAUAAUGUAGAGAAAGGGAUAAUACAUAUUAUUGAAGAACGCAAAAUUCAGUGGCUUGUCAUGGGAGCAGCAGCAGAGACUCACUACUCAAAGCAAUUGUCAGAGCUAAAGUCCAGCAAAGCUAAAUUUGUGUGCCAACAUGCACACAUGCACUGUCAUAUCUGGUUUACUUGCAGCGGGUACCUGAUACAUACGAGGUCUAUGGAUAACGCUCUUUUAAGUAGAAUGGAGUCAUUGUCUUCUCCAGAAGAUAAAGGAGGAAUCAAAAUCCGUAAUCAUGUUAACGAUGGUUAUGAAGAUUUGAACAUUUUAGAAGAUCCAUCAAAGCCAGGUAGCAAAGUAGUCAAGGUAGAGAUCAAGGGAGACUAUUCACGUUUGCACUCGAGGAACAAGCACGACGUACAUUUGCAUCAUGCAACGUCUCAACCUUUGCUGGAAGAAGGAAGUUUUCACAGAAAAGCCUCUAGUGUUGAAAGAAGCAGACUGGAGCAUGCUAUGAUGGAUGCUGAGAAUUCAAAACAGAGGGCUUUUGAAGAGUCAGUAAAACGGUGGAGAGCUGAAGAAGAUGCGAUGGAGGCUAUCCGCAUGGCUGAAGUGUCAUAUAAAUUAUCCAAGGAAAAGGAAGAUCAAAGGAGAGAACAGGAGGAGAAUUUGGCAAAGCAAAAAGAAGAGAUAGAAGGAUUGAAGAUUCAGCACGACCUGUACCUAAAAGAACUUCAGAAGAUCCAGGAGAAAAAGCUUGUACUCGAAAGUCAAAUAACUGAAUCAUCCUAUGCAGGGAAGGAGUUAGAGGAGAAGAUACUUCAAGCAGUAGAGCUCUUAAUAUCCUUUAGGAAGCAGAGGGAUGAGAUGCAGGUAGAGCGUGACAAUGCAAUCAAAGAAGUUAACAGAUUUAGAAAAUUGGCACAAGAUGAUGCUGAUGAGUAUUGUAUCCAAAAUUUCUUUUCAAUUUCUUUCUCUGACAUUAUAGAGGCUACACAAAAUUUUGAUCCAUCCUCAAAGAUCGGAGAAGGAAAACUCGGAAGUGUUUACAAGGGGAUUAUUCACCACAUAAAAGUAGCUAUAAAGAUGUUGCCAGACUUUGGUUCUUUAAGUGAUUCAGAUUUCCAAAAUAAGGCAGAAAGACUGAGCAGGGUGAGGCAUCCAAACCUUGUUACACUGAUGGGGAUUUGCUCUGAGUCUAGGUCCCUUGCUUAUGAAUUCCUCGAAAAUGGAAACCUUGAAGAUCACCUGGCUUGCCGCGAAAAAUCCCGCCCUCUUCAUUGGCAUCAUCGGAUAAGAAUAGCUGUGGAGAUAUGCUCUGCUCUUAUCUUUGUUCAUGCCAACGAUCCUUGCAUUGUCCAUGGGAACUUGAGACCUACCAACGUUCUCCUUGAUGCUAAAUUUGUCAGCAAAAUAAGUGAUUUCGGAGUCCAUCUCUUGAUUUCCCAGAAUGAGAAUUCCAAUUAUGAUGACCUGGAGGCUUCCAUUUAUGUAGAUCCAGAGUGUAUUGACAAGGGACCGGUUACUGUAGAAUCUGAUGUUUACUCGUUUGGCGUCAUACUUUUACGACUUUUGACUGCAAGACCAGCUUCAGGUAUAGUGAGGGAUGUCAAGUGUGCUUUGGAAAGUGGGAACUUGGGUUCAGUUUUGGACUCUUCAGCUGGUGAUUGGCCAAUUGAUCAAGCGGAACUGCUAGCUUAUCUAGCGCUGAGGUGCUGUGAGAAAGAUCCUUUAAAUCGGCCUAAUAUGCUCUCAGAAGUUUGGCCAAUAAUUGAACCAAUGAGAGAUAUAUGCACACCACACUCGGAUUUGAAUACUUCAUCUCACAGUUCCAAGAGUCAAAAACGAAUUCCUCCGCAUUUCGUUUGUCCUAUUUUUCAGGAUGUCAUGGAAGAUCCACACAUAGCAGCGGAUGGUUAUACAUAUGAAGGUGAUGCAAUAAAAGGAUGGCUGUACAGUGGACACAAUACUUCUCCGAUGACAAACCUCAAACUCGAUACCUGUGAUUUGAUUCCCAAUUAUGCUCUCUAUCGCGCAAUUCAGGAAUGGCAGCAGCAGUCCUGAAACUCAUUCAGGUCGAUAAUGCCUUCCACAAACAAAAACAGCUUCAAAGAUGAACUAUAUACUGAUAUAGAAGUUAGUCAUGUCUCGUGGUAGUUCCACUGAGUUAAUACUUGGAUUUGAGUUAUUUGAACUUGUCAGGUAAGUAUAUAAGUGUUACUACAAUACUGAGAUGUACAGAUUUUAUCACUAUGUACACUGCAUAUUUUGCCUACUCAAAACAAGUAUUGAGCAAAAGGACACAUCCCUUGUUCUUCCCUGAGUUUGGUGGCAAAAGUUGUUCUCUGAAAACAUUUUCCUUUGUUAAAUUACUUUCCAGUAUUUUGUUA